AUGGGUGAUGUUGCAAAGGAUUUGACUGCUGGAACAGUUGGAGGGGUGGCUCAAUUGAUAGUAGGACACCCUUUUGAUACCAUCAAGGUCAAACUACAAAGUCAACCUACUCCACUACCUGGUCAACUCCCGAAAUAUUCAGGUGCAGUAGAUGCUGUUAAAAAGACAUUGGCAGCUGAAGGUGUAAGCGGCUUAUACAAAGGUAUGGGGGCUCCAUUUGCUACUGCAGCCGCUUUCAAUGCUCUCCUGUUCUCUGUUAGGGGAGAAAUGGAGAAAAUGUUGAGGUCUGCACCUGGUGCACCUUUGACCGUGAAACAACAGGUGAUUGCUGGAGCCGGAGCUGGAUUCGCAGUUUCUUUUUUGGCCUCCCCAACGGAGUUAAUCAAAUGCAGAUUGCAGGUCCAAGGUGCAGUGGCAAAAGAAGGCGCGGCUGCUGCAACAACCGCUAAGUAUGGUGGUCCAAUAGAUGUGUCUAAGCAGGUCUUCAGGUCCGAAGGAGGCAUUAGAGGUCUCUACAAAGGGUUAUUUCCCACAUUUGCUCGUGAAGUCCCUGGAUGUGCCACAAUAUUUGGUGCUUACGAGGCCCUAAAACAAUAUUAUGCUGGUGGGACAGAUACUUCUGGAUUAAACCAAGGUACAUUGAUGAUGGCAGGGGGUUUAGCCGGUGCUGCAUAUUGGGUGGUAGUUUACCCAGCUGAUGUUGUCAAGAGUGUGAUACAGAUCGACGAUUUUAAGAACCCCAAGUAUUCAGGGUCAAUUGAUGCUUUCAAAAAGAUUCUUAAAUCCGAAGGUAUUGGAGGUUUGUACAAAGGUUUUGGACCUGCAAUGGCGCGAAGUGUCCCGGCUAAUGCUGCCUGCUUUUUAGCCUAUGAAAUUACGAGGUCAAGCUUGGGUUAG